UAUAACGCCUCAAAUCGGAACGAGGUUCUGGCGAUAUAAUUUAUGUUCUAAACGAUGAAAAGUGCUUACAUGUCUAAACUGAAAAUGACGUAAAACAAAUUAAAAAAGCGCAGAAAUUUUUCGGACGGCUUAAAUGUAACAUUCCACUGAAGAGUAUAAAUGGCUGCAACAGUUGUGUUUAGCACGUUGAUGGUGCUCUUAGCCGGAAGUGACAGAGACUUUGGGGAUUUGUGGAAUGUGAUUGGUGGUGAAAAUGACCCUUCCGCAAACAAACACUCUCUGCCCAUUCCUGACGUCAUCGCUGGUGGGAACUUUCGGAGUGCCCUGGUGGACACUUGGGAAUCCCCGACCUUCGAUACGGUAUCCGUCAGUGGGUUGAAUAUGGAGGGCGAUGUGUUCUUGGAAGUUGAGUACAACAUAUCAGGAACGUUCCAAAACCUUUCAUCUUGGAUGACUCAGACGAACAUUAUAUAUUCUACACACGGUGAAGUUACCGACAUGAACGUCACUUUGAGUGAUUCGAACUUCCGGGUUCUGGUGGAACAACAAAGUACUGGUCAAGUAUGGUUUACAACCACGUUUGGGUCUCUGUCAUACUCAGGAAUGCCCCGAAUAUUUGUAGCAAGGAGAAAGAACGUUCCCUUUCUGCCACCUGUCGUUCUUGACGGUAAUUUGGGGUGUUGGUUACGUAUCGACCUGGUAAACUGUAAUUUAUGGUUAACAGAUACCACCAACAUGUCGCCUGCAAAGUGUACCGAUACAUGCUGGAACAUAUCAGAAAUUGCUUUAAUUGUGACCCAAAGUCGCUGUUAUUGCGCGGAUAUCGAUAUCUAUCCAGCUGACCAUCCAACCAUGUGCGGCAAGAACUGCCCGAAUACGGUGGAGCCGUGUGGAGGGGUAACGUCCGAUUACGGGAAUGCAUACCACAUACAGGGACCUAAGUUGCCCGGACAACUAGAUAUUGUUGACCUAUACAGUCAGAGGUUCCUGACUCCUAUCAAUGUUAUAAGCGUUGAUGAGGUAGAUAUUGUCCCAAACGUAGGCCCACACUUUAUCAACUGUGUGUCAGUCGAGGACGAGAUCUCGUCGAAUGUCACGUUCACCUUCCAAUAUAGCAACAUGGCGUGUGCGCUGGCCUCUCCCACCGACAGCCAUGCACUGGAGCAACCGACGUUUUAUGCGGAUGGAUCCGUUUAUACUUUACCAUUAAUUAAAAUGGGUUGCAUCACCAUAAGCUUAUCAAGUGCUGUGAGCGAUGUUCUUGUCACUCUCGGAGGUCCUGAAGACGCAGAUUAUAUUGAACUACCUGUCGUCGUUGUAAGCGGAAAGCAGUAUAAACAAGAUACAUCGACAACAUCAACAUCGACUACAUCUACAACAACUACAACUUCGACGACAACCGUAAAUGACUCUGCAACUGUAGCUGCAUCUACGACCAGUACUUCGCAAUUUUCUUCUUCCAGUGCCACAAAUACUACGACAGUAAGUACUGCAACUGAUGUGACAUCAACGAUCUCUACUUUACAAAGCGCCUCAACAAUAUUGACCAUAACAACACCGACAUCAGAUCCGACAACGCCUGAUCCGAUAACAUCCGAUCUGACAACCCCAGGAUCGACUACGAGUGCGUCAACCUUUUCCAUUACUUCCGCCACACCUAACACGACUACAGAAACAGGAAAUUCGACAAGCGCACUAACAACGACGUCAACGUCAAAUACAACUCCGUCUACAGAUACUACAACUACUGUGUCAUCGAAUACAAGUAAUAUGUGUGCUUGUGCAUGUACAUAUACAUUGCCACAAGUGAAUAUGACAACCCAGCAAAUGCAGGAGAGAAUAUAUGAACUACAGAAGAAGUUGUCUGUAAAUGUGUCAGAGUUGUCGUCAACAAUUCGGAAGUUGACAAGUGCAAAAGACAGCAGACCAUCCGCUGUAAGCAUCGGGGUCCUUGGCAUCAUCGUUCUUGCUGUAAUGCUCGGAUUAAUUUUGUUUAUUGACUCAUCUUUGUUGCUUCGAGACCUUAAAGCACUCUAUAAUAACAUUAAAAAUGGACUGUUUUCAAAACGACAGACCUCUCCGCAAACAUAGUAAACUUGUUUAUGUUUGUUUUAUGCUGCGCAUCCUUUUCAGGUAAUAUGUUUUAAAAUUAAAGUAAAGACACAAUAACAAAAUGUUUACGUGUUAGUAUAGGCUGAAUGAAGACUUUAAACCACUCCCGUUAACCGACACAUUUAUAAAAAAGAUAUUUAAAUGCAUACUUCAUGUUAUCCGUGUUUGUCAUAUUUAUGAGGUGGUGUGUCUCUCGGGUCUUGAACAAUUAUUUUUGCCAGAAGGUUUCUCCCUGUCCUUUCCAUUGUUUUGUUAAGACUGUAACACGCAGAACUAAUAACCCUGUUAUAAAUUACAUAACUGGUUUGAUAAACUUUAAAGACACAUUAUUUCAAAAUUACGAUUAUUUAAAUGACACAUUAAUUUGAUUUAUGAUGGCAUUAAAUCAUUGCGCAGUGAUACUUGUAAUCACGUGAUUUAUUUAUGA